ACCAGUCAUACACCUCUCGCCUCCUGCUACCAGUCCCCCCUUUUUCCUGCAACAGUCUGCUUUGUGUGCAAGCUGCAACAUGAUGCAUGUGGGCUCCAUCUGGGGUCUCUCCUUGUUCCUGUCCCUGAGUUUAGGAUGGACCAAGGCUCAACAGACCAAUUACACCAGGCCGGUGUUCCACUGUGGAGGGGACCUGGUGGCAGACUCAGACUUUGUUGGCAGUGAAGGAUUCCCGAGCUUCUACAAACCCAACAGCAAAUGCACCUGGCGGAUCACCGUCCCAGAAGGAAAGGUGAUCACGCUCUCCUUCCGCAUUUUUGACCUGGAGGCCGAUUCACAGUGCCGCUACGACUAUCUGGAUGUUUACAACGGCCACUCCAACUUGGUGCAGAAACUAGGUCGAUUUUGUGGAACAUUCCGGCCCGGCUCUCUCAUCUCCACCACAAAUACCAUGAUGCUGGAGAUGGUGACUGACGGGGAGACGCAGGGCAGAGGCUUUGUGGCCCACUACAGUGGAGCGGAACCAUAUGUGGAUGCCAAUCAGAUCUGCGGGGGGAAGAUAACCAAGGAACAGGGAGAGAUCAAGACGCCCAACUGGCCCGACAAGAAAUACCCACCGGGCAUCAGCUGCUCCUGGCUCAUCAUGGUGGAGCCUGAUAUGGUAAUCCAGGUGACGUUUGAUAAGUUCGUCCUGGAGGCCGACGUCUACUGCCGCUUUGACUACGUGGCGUUCUUUAAUGGAGGCGAGAGAGACGACUCGCGCCUGAUUGGAAAAUACUGUGGCGAUCAGGCUCCAGAGCCCAUUCUAACCACCGGCAAUGUGCUGCUGGUCCAGUUUGUGUCUGACCUGAGCGUGACAUCCGACGGCUUCCUCGCCAGCUACGUCGGCGUCCCACGUGGCUCUCAGAUACCGUCAUCCGGCACGAGGUACAUCCCCCCAAGGCCUGCAGUCAAACCGGUCGCCACCACCACGAAGCCACCCACCACCACCAAAUACGUUCCCACUGCGAGACCCAAACCCAUGAAGCCCACGAGAAACCGCGGACAGGGCACCACAGGCCAGGACAGAAGGCCGCCUGUCACGAAUGGAAAGAGGCCCGUGGCUCAAAAUCCUCUGUGCGCCAAAGCCUGUAAAAGAGAAGGAACCAUCAAGAGCGCUUACUGCGCCAGUGAAUUCGUGCUAACUGGCAAGGUGACCUCCCUCUCCCCGGGGCCCCGAGGCACCCUUAAUGUAAACGUCUCCCUCAUUAAGGCUUACAAAGCCGGCCGACUCACGAUCACGCAAGUCGGAGAGACCAUGUCGGUCAAGCUGGUGUCGCAGUGCAAGAAGUGCCCGCUGUUCCGUAGAGGCAUCAACUACAUCAUCAUGGGCCAAGUGGAUGAAGAAGGACGUGGCACCCUGCAGCCCGGUGCAUUCACAGCUCCAUACAAAGCCCCACAUCACAGACUAUUAACGAAUAUCAGCAACCAGCCCUGUUAACUUCCAGGUUCCCGAGCCGACCAGGACAUUCAGAUCACAUAUCAAAACACACAUGAAUCCGGACGUUACAAUGUGAAAAUACAGAUCUACUAAAAAAGCACAAUAUUACAGUUAAAAAAGAAAAUAUAUCAGUAAACGUUUUAACCCACCAUUUUAAAGGAAGUUAUUCAAGCACAUGCCAACCUUUUUGUUUGUAAUUUAUAUAUGAAUAAAGGUUUUAUAUCUCUUUCAAA